AACCGUAAGUUAUAUAUUUUAUAAUACGUAUGUUAUUAAUUAAAUUUCCAUGAUCUUUUUAUAUAUUUAUAUAUACAGAAUCUUCAUAUACUGCAUGUGCUAAUAAACCAAAAUUUCAAACAUCUGACAUGCAAAACAUUUUUAUAGAUGUGAGUUGCUUUAUGAUAUUAUUCUUGUUUUUUCUGUUAAAUAAUAGUAGUACAAACUUUCAUACUUAUAAAUUUGCAGAAUAUUUACAAAAAUGAUGUGCGUAUAUAUAAAAAUGAAGUAAAAAAUUUAGAGUAUAGCUUGAAGGGACAAUGUAACAGUGAAAAAGAAAAUUGGAUUGCAGAGUUUAAGCAAGUUAAUAUAUCGAAUAAUGAUCUAGAGUAAUAAACUAAUGUUAUAAUUUUUAAUUUACAGGUAAACCAUUUAUAUAAGUUAAAAAUCAAUAUUUUUAUACAUUAUGUUAUAAUUAAGAAAUGAGUGUAAGCAUAUACAAUUGCUUUAUGUGUGAUACUUAUAGGAUAAUGGCUGGACAUCAUAAAUUAACCAAAAUUGAAUACUGUAACAGUUUUAAAUGUUUUUAUCGACCAGUUGUACCAUUUUUAGUAUCAAAAUCACAAAAUAUGAAUAUUCCUGUACGAUUUAAUCAUGAUAUUUUAAACGACAUAGUAACAAAUGCACAAAAACAAUGUUAUACAUUUUCAUCUAAAUUAAAACCAUUUAGAAAUAUAGGAACCCAAACAGAUUAUCGGGAUAGUGACUCGCAAACUGCACCUUGGGAUCCACCAUAUAAAAUUAAAUCAGGCCAUUAUCCUGAAGCAUUAUCAAUAGCACAUUUAUCUUGGAAUCAUGGAUUAGAAAUUGGAAUUCAUGAUUUAGAAAUCAUUAAUAGAAUGAGAAGAAAAAGGGCAUGGGAAGCAGUUCUUCCUCCUAUGGAUACACCAGCAAACAUAAAAAAACGAUCAGCUAUAAUAAAUGCAUUAGAAAUAGAUGAAUGGGCAUUUAGAGAAUCAGAAAUUCAAGCAAUAGUGGAUUAUAGGCUUGAAUUAAUGGAUGAAAUAUCUAAAUCACAAGAAUAUGAAAAAGAAAAAAAGAUUCAAGGCCGUUUGGAUAGAUGGACGAAUUUUUUAUCUAUACGUAGAGAUAAAGAAAUAAACUCUAUUAAACACAAGCUUAGAAGAGAAUUGAGAAAACUAUAUAAAAGACAACAACAAAAAUCGCAACCUUUUAAACGUGAUAUUAUUAAAGAACAUGAUGAUCCAUCUUCUGAAUUGUAUGCCCCACAAAUGCGUUAUGGCGAACAUCCUCAAAGAAAACAUGAAGUAAUAGAAAAAGAGUUGUUAGGAGAAGGCUGUAUCGAAAAUGUAACUGAAAUAAAUACAUUGCCAAAUUGGCUUCCGACAUAUGAAGAAUUAAGUGCAUUAAAGCCAAGAUCUAAGUCAGCUGAUUUAUGUAUCAGAGCAACAAGAUGGACAAAAGAAAAGCUAAGUCAAUUACAUAGUGACUUGAAAGCAAGUAGAUCAAAUACUAAGACAAUAGAGGCACCACUAUUAUUGAAACGCAAGUAUAAAUUGCCAGCUCUACCUUCUACACCAUAUAGGAAAAGCACAGAAGAUAUAACAAAUAAACGUCUGCAUCAAUUGUCUAUACUUAUUCAAAAAAUAAUUAAAGGAAGAGCUAUCCAAUGCAUGAUGUUCGAAGGCCGCAAUAGAUGUAGGGAAUUAAUCGAAGAAUUACAAUCAUCUUAUGGAUUAGAAGAACAUAGCAAAAAACAACAUCAAGAAGAAAAAGCGCAUACGUUAGAAUUACAACAUUUACAAAGUGAAAAAUCUAUGCAAGAAGAUAGUUUAUAUGAAAUUCUUAAUUCUUUAGAAGGAAUGACUAUAUCGGGAAUGCUAGAUUUUCUUAGCAAAGAAUUAAUAAGAUUAGAGGAUGAACGUCGAAUACAUGCUUUUGCAUUAUUGGCUGAAAGAGAAAGAGCUACGAGAGAAGCAGCAGAAGCUGGAAGACGUCAAUUAGAAUAUAAUCGUCGCAGGGAAUUUGACGAAAUGUUUAGGCAAACUAUGAAAGUUAAUCAAGAAUCUGUGGAAAGUUAUUUAGAAGAUAUAAUAAAAGAAGGCAUUGAAUGGAUAUCUGAUGAAGCAACUAAAGCAUAUAUUUCAGAAUUGUGCGAUAAAAUAGACAGUAUAUCAAAAGCUGCGCAGAAUAAUGCAACAAAAUUAUCAGAAGAAGAAAUGGUUGCUAAUAUGAUUUAUAAUUUUGUAUUACCUGAAGUGGAAAGAACUGCUGUACGAAAAAAUAUAAGAGAAAAGCAACAAAUUUAUUUGCAGAAUGCACAUGCUGUAAUUUAUGAAGAGAUAUUCAAUUUACCACUUGUUGAAGACAAAAGUUUAUUAGAUAAAGAAUCUGAAGAAAAACAUGGCAAAAAAAUUGAAUCACAGAAUUAAAUAUCUUAAAAAAUUAUAAUAAACAUUAUUAUUCCUUAGAAUAUUUUACUCCUCAGUCAGUUACAAGCGAUCAGUAAAGAUAGUCAGAUCUGAACCUGUUUUAUUGUAAACCCCUAUUUUAAUUAUGUCAAGGAGAAAAAUUAAUUAUCCUUAUGAGGAUGAUAUAGAUAGUAACAAUGACAAUUUUGAUUUUCGCAUCUAUAAUGAUGUAGCUGUUGAUUUGGAAAGCAGUUAUAGUGACAGCAGUGAUAAUGAUAUUUUCGUUCCUCGAAGAAGAAGAAAAAUAAAAAAAACUUUCAUCGAAUUAUGAAAGUGCAGAUGAUGGAGAACCACAGGAAGAAAAUUUAGCCAAGAGUAUUUGUAACGUAAGAUCUUCUGAUUGGCAGGAAAUUUUUAACGAAGAUAUCAUUCCACAACGAUUUGAAUUUUCGACUAGUACAAAAACUCCUGGUCCGCAGGGAUAGGAUAUUAUCAAAAUGCUCUAUGUGGAAUGACUGGUGUGAGGUUGAAUUUGAAGAGAUGAAAGCUUUUCUUGGUCUCGUACUGAACAUGGGUACAAGUUUAGUCCUGGCAGAGGAAUUGUUACAAAUGAAGUGUCACAUAACAGGUACAAUACAAAAAAAUCGCAAACACAUACCACAAGGAAUUUCUAAUCCGAAAUUUAUCAAUUCAAAUAUAAUUGCAAUGCGUCAUUCAAAUUACUUACUCCUUGCUUGGAAAGACAAACGAAUUGUCACUAUGUUGAGCACGUAUCACGCCUUUGGGUCAAGAGUCAUGACUAGAUCAUCAUGAAAUUGUACUAUUGAAGAAGCUUCAAAACCAAAUGUGAUUGCUGAUUAUAGGAGUAAUAAAGGUGGUGUAGAUAAAGCCGAUCAAUAUGCAUCAACAUAUUGUUUCCUGAGAAAAUCGUUGAAAUGGUGGCGGAAAUUGUUUUUUGGGGACUAGAAACAAGCGUAAUAAAUGUUUAUAUACUUUACAAAAUUUCUCAGGAAAGGAAAGGAGAAAGCGCUUUGUCACACUAUAAGUUUGUUAAAUUAUUAGUAAGUCAGCUCGUAAGUAACUUUAGGAAUAACAAUGCGUAUGGCAGGCCUUCUUGAACAGAUAACGAACAACGUUUAGAUGGGAAACUCCAUAUAAUAAAUCAAUUGCCGAAAGGGAAAAAGAAAAAGUGUCUUGUUUGUUCACCAAAAGGAAGUAAUACGGUAAAAAGACAAACAGUUUUCUACUGUGAGACCUGUUAACGCAAACCCGGUUUGCAUCCCAAUGAAUGUUUCAAAAAAUACCACACAUUACUCAAUUAUAAUUAAUAUAAAUGCUGUAAUCAAAAUUAUAUUACUUCUAAAACGAAUAAAGAUUCUUUUAAAUGA